CUUCCCCCACCCCACUAUAUAUUUGUAUUAACAGACACUUUAGCAAUUCGUUUUUACUGUUUCCUAAAGGUGUAUUUUAGACUAUGUCGGCAGACAAACCAUUUACAUUAGGAUCAUCAAAAUAUAACCAGGACACAUUUACUGGACGUUUUCAACACUUUCUUGAUGUAAUUGACCCAAGGACACUACUCACAAGUGACCAACAACUUCAAGAUUCAAUAAAAUUGCUAAAAAGUUACCAAGAUGGAACAAUUUCUCCAACUGUUACCAAUUCUGAGUUGUGGAAAGCACAGAAGAUUAAACAAGCAAUCAUUCAUCCAGACACUGAUGAAAAGAUAAUGAUGCCGUUCAGAAUGUCUGGUUUUGUUCCAUUUGGAACCCCCAUAGUUGUUGGCCUUCUGCUUCCAAACCAAACUCUUGUUUCAACAGUGUUCUGGCAGUGGUUGAAUCAAAGCCAUAAUGCUUGUGUUAAUUAUAGCAAUAGAAACGCAACACAGAACACAUCUAUGACAGAUUUUAUAUCUGGCUACACUGGAGCAGUCACAAGCGCUGUAGGAAUAGCCCUUGGUUUAAAUGCUCUGAUCAAAAGAUCAACCAAAUUAAGUCCAAUUACAAGAUCACUUAUUCAAAGAUUUGUACCUUUUCCUGCCGUUGCCACUGCCAGUGUAUGCAAUGUUGUACUGAUGAGACACAGUGAGCUCAAUACUGGGAUUGAAGUGACAGAUUCAAAUAAUCAAGUGGUUGGUGUAUCAAAACUCGCUGCUAAGAAAGCUUUGGUUGAAACAGCAAUGACGCGAGCAUUCUUACCAGCUCCUAUACUUCUUAUACCACCUGUGGUAAUGACUAUGCUGGAAAGAACCAAGUGGUUUCCAAGGUAUCCACGAUUUAAUCUUCCCAUGCAAGCCUUUCUAGUCACUGCUUCAUUUGGAUUGGCUCUCCCACUUGCUAUUGCUCUUUUCCCACAGAAAUCAAAGAUUUCUGUGGAUAAAUUGGAGCAAGAUAUUAGGGAUAAAACUUCGGACAAAGUCCUGUUUUAUAACAAGGGAUUAUAAUUUGGGGAAGAAUUAUGUUUGCGAUUUUAUCAAGAAUUAACCAGAAAUUAUAGUUGUAAGCUAUGCAAUUAUUAACGGGUUUUUAGAAUACAGAUCUUAUACUACUAUCAUUUCCAAUAUAUAAAUAUAUUAUCAUAGUUUUUAGUUUAUGUGAUGCUUAAUUUUACUUAUCAUUAAAACUUGCAGAAAUAUGAUACAUGUAGACAUUUUUAAACUGUAUGUAAUAGUGCGGUGAAUCAUAUACAAGCUUUGUCCAACAACUGUUUAUUGAAAUAAUUUUUUUAUGCAAGCUAAAUCAGCAGUGGACAUUAUGUUUUAUGCUAAUUACUAAUUGUCAUAUAUGUAAAACACAACUACAACUAAACUUACCAAAGUUAAACCAUUUAUAUAUAGUAGGGUGGGAAAAAUAGGACACCCUUUCGUUCUAUUUUCUCGUCUUAUUUGAUAGUAAACAAAAACGAACGUCCAAAGAAUUAAUAAUACCCUCUUGACUCCCAUAGACCGUUGUUAAUUAUUUAAAACACGAUCAGGAUAUUUGGAUAUUUGGGCUAAAGGUGUCCCAUCUUCCCCCACAGUACUAUAUCUAAGGGGUCACAAGAAUUCAUAUCAAAACUCAGUCAUCCCGUAACCAUCUCAUUAUCUCAAUUCAUUUUAAUCAUGUGUUUUAAUUUUAGAACAAAGUGUUUCCUCUUUAAUAAUUGUGACAAAGUUUCUUUCUGUAGUUGCGCAAUCAUAAUUGUAACAUUUCAUUUUAAAACAUACUUUGCUUCAUGUUCAUAUGCUUAUGGUGUUGUAUAGGUUUAGUGUAAACCAAUACUUUCAGCCCCUGGGUUCUAACUAAAAGUGGGUGGCUGUUUUAAUUAGAUAUAUUGUUAAGAAUUGGUAUUAUCUUGCACUAGAUAUUUGUAUGUUGUAAUUUUGCUGUUUUAUAAACAACUUCUAUCGUGGUAGUCUUCCAAAUACAAACAUCGUCUCUGUACCGAA